ACAUUUUGCCAAGCGUGUCACGGCAGUAAGACAUCAUCAUGAAGAUCUUAAUUUUAAUAAGUGGGUUGGUUGCAAUGGCUGUCGCCGAAACGCAACAAGAACGCCAGGAACACCAUAUUCUCGUUCAAGAACUGCACAAAACGUUCAAGUUAUUUGACGUAAGCCAUCUAGGAUAUCUACCACUUUCCGACUUCCUGGCCUACUUUGAUCGAUUGACCAAGGGCUUCAACGGUACCGUCAACCUUGACGCCUACACGAAGCUAAUGCAUUUGCCACCCGACAUAGCGAAGUUUUACUUCAGGUAUUACGACAUGAACGAUGACGGCGAGCUGACGAAAGACAUCGACAUCAGAGCCGUCUUCCACAUGUUCGACCACAACCACAAUGGACAAGUGAGUGAACACGAGUUUGUGGCCGAGGCUAUAAAGAUCCACCAGGAAAUGGCUAAGCGCGUCAGUGGACUGUCUCUCGAGUUCGUUGCUAUCGACGGAAAUGGAGAUGGGUUCAUAACGGUGGAGAAUUUCCAAAAAUUCUACGAUAUCUAUGACCUGAACCAUGAUGGGCGCAUUGACCUUGCGGAGUUUAUAAAAUCAACCCACCUGGAUGCGACCACUGCAGGCAAACUCUUCAACUUCGAGGACUCGAACCAUGACAAUGUCCUGGACCGACAGACAGACGUACAGGCUCUCAUCACAAAUUUCGACACCAACGGUGAUGGAAAACUUGACUAUGCAGAAUAUGUAGUUUAUGCGACUAAGCUCCGAGCAUUACUUGCGCCCCCAAUAGGCAAGUAGAAAAAUUUACGAUCUCAACAGAAGAUGACGUCAAUGACAUGUUAAUAAAAUAAUGUAUUCAGUCUGAAUGUGUAUAUAUAUAACAAUUUGAAAACCUUUCCUAGAAAACGGAAAUAUCCAAA